CUUUUUUUCAUUUGAGAUGAAAAACGGGUUCUCUUCCUCUUCGGAUUUCUCUUACGAAAGCCCGUUCUCUCCGGGAGAUUUUCUCUUAUCUUUGGAUUUUGCUUUUGCAAGCCACCAAAAUUGUUGCCCUUUUUCUAGCCCUGUCUGUCUCUCUAUAAUUAUAUAUUUUUCGCAGCGUUGGACCACACUCUGAAUUUCUCCGGAGCUUCUUCCUUCAAUGGCUUCCUCUUCCUGCAGCUUAAGAACUGCAGAUUUUAAAGUCUCAAGGUUGGAUGUUAGUAGGGAAAGAGUCUCUACUUCACCACCUUGUACGUUAAGAAAUUGGAUAGGCAGGACACUGCCACAAUAUUCGGGUUUGGUAAUAUCACACUUGUCUCGCAAGGUGGCUUUACAUGCAUGUAGUAGUACAUCGCCCGAGACCCAGACCAUAACCAGAUUGAAAAGAGGUUCUGAAGAAACAAAAGUUUCCAGUUUGGCAAGCCAACUUAUCCCAAAUUUGCAUGAGGUCGAAAUCCUGCUCACAAACAUAUGUGACACGUCCUCAAUUACGGAGUUUGAACUGAGACUUAGUGGAUUUGAUUUGCAUAUGGUGAGGGGCUUAAAAAUCGAAGAUGUACCUCCUCCCCUAGCUCACACUCCUGCUCCUGCUAGUCAAAAUGCAAGUUCUGUAGGAUCGGAUUUGAAUGGAUCAGGUAAAACAACAUCAUUAGCUUUGUUCAAAGCAGAGCCUGUUUCUUCUUCUCCGGCAGGGAUCUCGAGAUUUGUAGAAAAAGCUACAGAUGAAGGCCUAGCAAUACUUCAAUCUCCUAAAGUUGGGAUCUUUCGGCGGUCUCGGACAAUAAAAGGCAAGCGUGCUCCGCCAUCAUGUAAAGAGAACCAGGUAGUAAAAGAGAGUCAAGUGCUUUGUUACAUUGAUCAGUUAGGUGCGGAGAUCCCUAUCGAGUCUGACAUAUCUGGAGAAGUCGUGAAGAUACUACGCAAGGACGGAGAGCCUGUUGGAUAUGGAGAUGCUCUUAUUGCGGUUCUACCUUCAUUUCCUGGGAUAAAGAAGCUUCAGUAGAUCGUUUGUUUUCCAAAUCAGUUCAUUCCUCAUUCGUCCCUUUCAAAUACUAUGCCUCUAGCUUACUAUCAUUUAGUCUCUUGAAUUUAUAUCCUUUAAUGCAAGUUAAGUUAUACAUGCCAUUUUAUCUCU